AAAAUGUUGCUUAAUCCAUUAUUAGUAAUACUUAACAAAAAUCAACUUGCGGGAGAAAACUACGUUGACUGGAAAAGGAAUCUUAAUAUUGUUCUUACCGCUGAAAAAUACAAAUUUGUGCUGGAUGAAGUUUGUCCCGAAGUCCCUAAAGAUGACUCCACAGAAUCUCAAAAGGUUGCAUAUGAAAAGUGGCAUCAUUCUGAUGAGAUGGCCAGUUGUUACAUUUUGGCAUCCAUGUCAAAUGUAUUACAACAGAAACAUCAGAAUAUGCAAACUGCUUUUGACAUAAUAGAAAGCCUUCAAGAGAUGUUUGGACAUCAAAGCCGACAAGCUAGGCAAGCCUCCAUUAGGGCAAUCAUGAACACACGCAUGAAAUCGAGUGCAUCUGUAAGAGACCAUAUAUUAACCAUGAUUGGUCACUUCAAUGCUGCAGAGGUUUUAGGAGUUGAUAUUGAUUUCAAGAUGCAGAUUGACAUGGUCCUUGAGACUCUUCCUGAGAUGUUCUCACAAUUUAUAGUCGAUUAUAAUCUACACAAGAUGGACAUGUCUCUAACGGAAUUAAUGAAAGAGCUACAAAAUACUGAAUCUGUUCUAAAAGCUAGGAGUAGAAGUGCUUUGACUGUUACAGCCGAACCCUCUCAUCCUAAGCCUUCUGGUGGCAAAGGAUGA